AUGCUCAACAAUGCGCGGAGCAUUACGAUAAACAACCCAUGGCUGCUCGCCGCCACGCGCGUGAGCAGGCGCUUCUACUCGUCGCGCGGAUCCAAUGAUGCCACAGAGGAGGAGAUCCAGAGCGCGAGGAAAUGGCUGGCGAACCUCGACGCCGACACCAUCCGGCAGAAUGCCCCGUGUGAAGUCACCUUUAGCAGAUCUUCCGGGCCGGGAGGCCAGAACGUGAACAAAGUCUCAUCCAAAGCCACCCUGCGCGUCCCCACCGCGUCCCUGCUCUCCCUUCUCCCCCAGCUGCUCCACCAAAAUAUCCUCUCCAGCCGCUACCACGCCUCCAAAUCCGGCGAUGUGGUCAUCCAAGCCGACGACUCCCGCAAGCAGACUGACAAUGUGAACGCGUGCUUCCGCAAAUUGCACGACUUGAUCGUUCAAGCGGGGCGAGAUGCUGUGCCUGGAGAGACGAGUGCGGAGCAGUCGAAGCGGGUGGAGCAGUUGAAGAAGGCCGAGGCGGCGACGCGGAGGAAGCAUAAGGAGUAUCAGAGUAAGAAGAAGAGUGCCAGGCGGGACGGUGGAAGAGGGGAUUGA